AUGGCCGAGUACGAGGACCGUCUUGAACGCGAGCGCGAGCGCGACCGCCUGUCGUUCGGCGGCAUGCCCGCUCCGUACCGCGGCAAGCCCGUCGAGCAACCAGCGCGCAAAUGGCUUCGUCAAUUCGAGCUCUACUGUUUGGAUCGCAAGUACGACGAUGACGGGAAGAAGGCCCUCGUCUUCAAGCUCCUGAUGGAGGACGACGCCGAGACGUGGUUCGACGGGCUCGAUGCGAGUACACAGGCGUCGUUCCAAGCACUCGAGAAGGCAUUCCUCAGCAAGUACGGGGACGAAGCCAUCGACGGCUACAGCUUCGGCGCGUUCCUUUGCUUCCAGAACAAGGCCGAGGAGCUCUGCAAGUACGACGCCAUCCGCGACAAGAAGCAGUGGGACAAGCUGCUCAACGAGCUUGCGGCAGCCGACCGCCGAGUCAGCAACAAGCAUGUUGUGCCUGGCUUCCGCGCUGAGCACCUCGUCCACGGCCUACCCCGUGCCGUUCGCCAGACCGUGGCCCUCCCCGGCACCACGACCAACGUAGCCGACGUCGUCGCGGCGAUGCGCAAGGUCAAUCACCCGCAGCUCGUGGAAGCCAUCGACGAGGAGCGUAAGAUCGGCCGCAUCGGUGAACUCGAGCGCAUCGAGGAGUUGUGGGACUACGUCAAGAGGACCGCUGACAAAUACGCAGAGGUUGAGGUUGACGUUGACCAGAUGCGCCACUUCUGGCAGCAGUCCGCGCCGGUCCUCGUCCCUGCCCAACGCCGCAUCGGCGACGGCUCGUACCCCUCUCAGCCCAACGGCCCCUCUGCUCCCUACAACGGUGUCGGCCCAAGCUACCGACCGAGUCCGCCUCGCCAACGCCCGGCUCCGUACCCUCCGAGUCCAACCCCGUCGCCUACGCGCCCCCUGGCUUCGCUCUCCGCCCGCGAGCGCCUCGCAGUCCUGCUUCGCAACGGACAGUCUACGCACCCGGACACGCCGGACGGCCAUCGCAUUUACGAGCAGAAGAAAGCGGCGUACCAGCAGCGCCACCCUCGCACCGUCUCGCGUCCCACCACGGAGGACGAGUAUCCGCUCGCACCAGGCACCGAGCCGGCCGACGGCACUGAGUGCCACCGUUGUGGUCACCGCGGCCACCAGCAGGCGUCUUGCACCGGCGCGGCGCUCUCGCAGGCAGAGAUUUCCUUCCGCAACGACCUCGGUAGGGACAUCAACUACGCUCUGCUCGUCAGCAUCUUCCAGCCGCGCUCGCAGAGCUCGAUGAACAACGCCCGGACCUCGCGGCCAUUCGUCGAUCCCGUCGCGAUGUCACGCCCGGGUUCGAAGACGUCUUUACGCCUCCGCCGCCCGAGCAUCCACUUCCGGUGCCAGCCUCAGUUCCAGCUACCGCACCAGUUCCAACCACUUCACGACCGUCCGAACCGGCACAAGCACCUGCACCGAGUCCAGUUCCGUCGACCCCAAGCACGAGGCCUGCGCCUUCCAUCCCGCGUCGUACCGUGCCGACUCCAGCUCCAGUCGCCGAGCCCGAGCCGGCCCACGCUGAAGCGCCGCGAGCGCGAGCGCAAGAAGAAGAAGAAAGAGAGGAGAUCGGGGUGA